CGCUAUCAACUCUCUACAGUCAAUAUGGCGGAUCCAUUGUAGCAUCGGCUGGCCCGUUCAAGAACUGUUAUAAUUAAUUAUUCGUACAGAUUGGGUUUUUCGCGGUGAUCUUUGUGCUUUUUCGUUCGCUCCAUCGAUUACCCUUCGUCCCAGCUCCAUCGGAUCGGUCAAAGUUCUUUCGCGAAGCCGCAAUUUCGCCAAUUGUUCGCGCUAGUCGAUCGCAAUAAGUAUGAUUUUUGUUCUUCCGUCCGCCCUGUUUAAAGAAAGGCGUUGUCGGUGGUGUUGAUACGGGUGUGUGGAACGCUUCCCAGUGCCAGAGACAAUGGAAAACACGUCGGAAACGACGAGCAACCCCAUUUCCCAGGGGUGUGGCCCAGAUACCUAUAUUAACAUCCAGAUCAGCCCUACUACGGGGGGUGAAUUUUAUAUAAGCGUAGACGCAGACAGUACGGUGGACAAUCUCAAAAAACAAAUAUCGAAAAGACUGAAAGUGCCCAGGGACAGGAUCUGUCUGCUCUUUAGAGAUAAACAAUUACAAGAUGGGAAUUUGUACCAGCACGGGAUCACGGACGGCUCGAAAAUCACCCUUUUACCCAAUGUGGAGGCUGGUUUAAUUACGCAGAGGCCAGAGAUCGGCAUCAUGCAAGCUUUAGAAUCUUUGAACGACUCCCAAGUCAAUGAGUUUCUGUGUGGAAAGGCCCCACUCAAUCUCAGUAUGCGUCUCGGUGAUCAUAUGAUGCUCAUCCAGUUGCAGCUUAGUACAGUAGCUUCUUCCAAUAAUUAUAUUGUCAGGCCUCCCAAUUGUGCCCCCCUAAUUCAAUCACCUGGACCUCCUAGUUUGCAACAGGCCAGCAAAAACCUCCAACACACUUUAAGAAAGCUCUCAGCUGACAUAUUUGCUGGUAGACAAAGAAACAAAGCAAAAGGUGUAGGCGGCAACCGCCGAGAAAACGUCUACUCGGGCACGUUCAGCGGCGCCCUCAGCCCCACGCUGCAAGACUCCCGCGGCAGACCUCGCCGAGACGUCGCCACCAUCGUCCACAUCCUCAACGACCUCCUGUGUUCGGUGCCCGAGCUGCGCAAAGCCCAGGGCCGAGGCAGAGACGACCUCGGCGACGACGCCGCCGGUGACGAGACGCCCGGGUGUUCUUCCGCGUCUGCGCAGCCGUCUUGCACGUCGACUCCUUGCUGUUCUUCUGCGCCGUGCUGUCCGGAGUCGGCCGUGCCCGACGAGCACGAGCAGAACAGCGUUACGAGGAACAAACUGGACCAGUUGCGGUUGGUUAUGGGUGAGAAGCGGGAGAGGAGGAGGCAGAGGAAGCAGAAGCCGUACUCGUUGCCGCAGCAUACCGAUUCGGAUACAGUGACGGCGUAAAAGAGUUUUUUUUUGGGGGGAAGGUUGUAUUUGUUUGAGAUCUCGAAGUAGUUGAACCGAUUGAAAACGAAAACUGUAGAGUUUUGAAAAAAAACUCUAAGGAAGGAGUAUAAUUAACAAACUUGACAAGGCAAUGUUAAAAUAUACAGUAUGCCCCCGGUUUAUUAUUGACAUUUAGAGAAAAAUGCAUUCUUCAAAAAAAUUAUGCUUAUUUUGAAAUGGUUAAUCCCGUUUAUACUUUUCCAAAUUUACUGUUUUAGAGAAAAUUAAAAAAAAACAUGAAAGUGUAUGGUUGAAUUAUUUUUACCUAACUCCUAAAAAUCAAAAGGCGUGUCUAUGGUAUUAUAAUUUAGUUUUUAUUCUUUGAUAGAUUGUUAUUGAGAGAAUUUUAAACUCAUAUUUUUUGCUGUUUAAAAUAUUAAAGAGGCACAAAAUUUAUUUAGUGCAGUGCUAUGGAAAGGCUGAUGAAAAUUUGAUACUUUAACAACAGCAAAAAAUAUGAUUUUAAUCAAAAUUAAUAGCCAUCUAGGAAAGAAUGAAUUCGAAAUAUUACCAUAGAAACGCCUUUUGAUUUUUAGGAUUUUCAAACCAUAUUUUCAUGUUUUUUCAUUUUCUCUAAAACGGUAUGAAAAUUUGGAAAA